AGUGCUUAGGGCUGCGGAUUUGACAGCGGCGAGCAUGAAUCGCGCUCGUGCCGGAUCCGAAGUUGGUUGGAGCCUCGGUUUGGCCACCACGAAUGCUGCACCCCUUGCGAGAAUUUGAGUGAGAUAUGGUCAGAUUUUAACUGACAAUUCAUGGCUUUGUGGUGACAGUUGAGGUAAUUUCGACGCACUUUGUGAGAUGGUUUUGGUCGCUGUCGAGGGCGUCGAAUCUUUGGUGCCGGUGACUUUGGUGAAUUUUCACAGCAUGUGGAUUUGGAUUUGGCGCACGGGAUGAUCCUGGCAGCGGAGACGGGCUCAUUGAAAAGAAUUUCUGCUCAGCCAUGGAGAGUUCUUCCCCGCCGAGAGGCACUACUUCCGCUUCGGAGGAUGAUCAGCCUGAAGGGGAGGGCACUGCCGACGCUGUGUCGAGUCAGUUCCAAAAGGCUGGACCUUCUGGUAGAGACGUGCUAAAACUUGCGUAUCAGAGUCUCGGGGUUAUAUACGGUGACAUGGGAACUUCGCCUCUCUACGUGUUUUCGAACACGUUUGAAAUUCCUCCUCACAGCACGAACGACAUUGUUGGAGCGGUGUCUCUGAUUUUCUGGACCCUCACGGUCAUAGGUUUGAUUAAGUAUGUGAUGAUCGUCCUCAGUGCCGACGACAAUGGAGAAGGUGGAACAGCCGCCCUUUACACGCUUCUCUGUCGCCAUGUAAAUAUAAGUUUGCUCAUAUCCCAGCACAAGUCAGAUAAGAAACUGGCAAACUAUAAAACGAAGAAGCAUGCAAGUCAUUCGAGACUCGAAACGUGUAUGGAGAGGAGCCCAAUGCUACACAAGCUUUUACUGGUAGUCGUCAUGGCCGGGAGCUGCAUGGUGAUUGGAGAUGGCAUCUUGACACCUGCCAUUUCAGUGUUAUCAGCAGUUGAAGGCAUUCAGGUUGUGGCAACAUCGUUGCACCAGAAUGUCGUGGUGCUCAUUACCUGUUUGAUAUUGAUCGGACUGUUCGUUCUUCAACGAUUUGGAACCGCAAAAGUUGGUUUUCUAUUUGCCCCUGUUGUGCUUCUAUGGUUGGGCCUUAUCUCGGGGAUCGGAAUCUACAACAUAGUCGUUCACCAGCCCAGCAUAUUUCGGGCAUUUUCACCACAUUAUGCCAUCACCUUCCUGAUUCGCAACAAGAAGAACGGGUGGAUCAUGCUAGGGGGAGUGGUACUGAGCAUUACAGGCACAGAAGCUAUGUUUGCAGACUUGGGGCACUUCUCUCAGCGGUCCAUUCAGAUUGCAUUUGCAGGCGUCGUUUAUCCCUCUCUUGUAUUAGCAUACUUUGGACAAGCCGCGUAUUUGACCAAGAAUCCUGAAAAUGUGGCUGACACGUUUUUCAAGUCGGUCCCAAAACCUAUCUUCUGGCCCAUGUUGGUGAUCGCUACACUAGCUACCAUUGUUGCCAGCCAGGCCAUGAUAUCCGGAGCCUUCUCCGUCAUUAACCAAUCCUGCAAUCUCGGCUGCUUCCCUAGAGUGAAAGUUAUCUACACGUCUACGACAGUCCAGGGGCAGAUUUAUAUUCCGGAAGUGAAUUAUACGCUCAUGAUACUAUGCAUCGCCGUGGUAGUAGGAUUCCGAAAGACGACAGCGAUAGGAAAUGCAUACGGAAUCGCUGUGGUUUCUGUGAUGUCCAUCACAACCUGCCUUGUGGCGCUCGUGAUUGUGGUAGUCUGGCAUCAGCACUUUCUGCUGGGGAUCUUGUUUCUGGUGUUUUUUGGGAGCAUUGAGGCGGUGUACCUGAGUUCCGUUCUGUACAAGGUGGCUUCGGGAGGCUGGGUGCCUCUUGUCAUAGCGACAUUCAUCCUGUCCAUAAUGUUGAUCUGGCAAUUUGGAACUCUGCAAAAGCACAAGUUUGAUUUGCAACACAUGGUUCAUAUAGACCAGUUAGACGAACUCCUCGGAGAUUCUAGAAUCACUAGAGUUCCAGGUAUAGGGCUUUUCUACAGCGAAACCGACUCGGGCAUUCCCCCGACAUUCUCCCACUUCAUUAGCAACAUUCCUGCCAUCCACCAGGUCCUGGUCUUCAUCUGCAUUAAGUACGUGCCUGUGACCAGCGUUCUUCCGGGUGAGAGGUUCUACAUGAAACCCUUGGCCGUGAAAAACUUCUACCAGUGUGUGGUGCGCUACGGAUAUAAUGAAACUCCGUGUGCGGGAGAGGCCUUCGAUGACCUUCUGGUCGGCAAGAUAGCCGAACUCAUUAAGCAGGACAAGUACUGGCAGACGGCAGGCGUCUCCAAUUCCUCAUCGAGAGGAACGAUGUCUCCUCCAGUAGAAGCCAAAAUUACGUCUUCUACCUCGGAGAUAGUGCACCUGGCCAAAUUUGCUGCAGGGCCUCCAUCGACACGGCCCCCGAGGACAUACAUCCAGCUUUCGCCCUCCAGUCCACAUUCCAUCACCGUCAAGACGCAAGCAGAGGUGAUCAACGAAGAACUGAAGUACUUGUAUAAUGCGAAAGAGAGUGGAGUUGUUUACGUGAUAGGAUGCACCGAAGUGCAGGCCAAGCCGGGAUCGAGCUGGAGUAAGCGAUUCAUUAUUGACAUUUUGUACUGUGUGCUGCGCAAGAAUUCUAGAUCAAGUGUUAUUAUGCUCAACAUUCCAACAACUCGGCUAAUUGAAGUUGGCAUGAUUUACGAUAUCUAA